UUGUCACUGAAGUCUGGCAGGCCUAAACAGUGUCACAGCUACUAAACCAGGUCUCUCCAUAAGACUGAAGCAUAGGCUGAAAACUUCAGAAAGGAAAGGACAUUAAUCAUUCAUCUAGUAGCAGUCGGCUUGGAUCACAUACAACAUCUCUGCACUGGAUCAUGGUCCUUCAGGCCAGCAGUGUUAUGAGUAUCCCAGCUUCAGUGAGUGUUGACAACCAACUACCUGCUUCCUGGACAUCCCACUACAACUGUUCUGAUGUUUCCAUGGUGACAUCUGCUUACACGGGUCGGAUAUGGUCACAGGAUCUUCAUCCACAGAAUUGGUCCAAGUAUCAGGUCUGGGAGUGGCUCCAACAGACGUUGGACAUGCACCAAAUCGAUGCAACCAGCAUCCCCUUCCAGAACUUUGACUUGGAUGGAAGGCAGCUUUGCUACAUGAGCUACCAAGACUUCACCCGGGCAGCCGGAUCCGUAGGCCCCAUCCUAUACCAAAGCCUGACUGAUCUCAAGUGGAACAGUCAGUAUGGCCCAACAGAUCUGUUUUCACCAGGGGAUAUUAAAACAGAAAUAGAUGCAGACUUCCCAUGUUCAAUUCUCCCCUUCAAGGAAGAGUCCAGUUUUUACAGCACUUCAGAACUAUUUGAUAUCAGAAGCUCAUUCCAGCCCAAUACCACGUUGGCCUCACCGGCACCAUCAAGUCCAGAUCCCAAGAGGUCACAUAAUCGCUCUCAAGUCAAAAGACACAAUCCGCGUGGAACGCACCUGUGGGAAUUUAUUCGAGAUAUUCUGCUGAAUCCGGAGCGUAACCCCGGUUUGAUCAAAUGGGAGGAUCGCUCCGAGGGGGUUUUCCGUUUUCUCAAGUCGGAAGCUGUGGCUCAGCUUUGGGGCAAGAAGAAAAAUAACAGCAGUAUGACCUACGAGAAACUCAGUCGAGCGAUGAGGUACUAUUACAAACGAGAGAUCCUGGAGCGAGUGGAUGGACGAAGACUCGUCUAUAAGUUUGGCAGAAAUGCUCGAGGAUGGAGAGAAUCAGAGAAGUGAAGAACUUUUGGUUUGAAUUUCUUCACAUGUAGCUUCCAUGUGAAACCUUUUAUUUAUUAUAUUAUGUCCAUUCCAAUUUUUUUAUUUUCUGUUUUUUUUUUUUUUUGAGGGACUGUGCUGUGAUGUUUAUAAUAAUUGUGUACUUGUCUGUAAGAUUGUUGUCAUUAUUUCAUAUUCUUGCUUUUAUUUUUCAUGAAAACUGCCAGCUUUUCAAAGUGUUUUUAAACAUUAAGGGCAAUUUAGACUGGACGAGUUUUUGCUUUAAAAAUAAUCAAAGCAGAGUGCAACGAGUAAAACAGAUUGCAGGUGUCUUGAGAAAUAUUUAGAAAUAAAAGCUGAAGUUUACACAGAAGAAAGCAAAAAUUUGUUUAGUGUGAACAGCCCCUUACUUUGGUCUUUAUGAACUUUCUUUAUUGCCUAAGAGAAAAAAUACUUUGAAAUACUUUGUUUACUUUAACACUGUUUUAUAGUACCAUUGUUUAUAUGGAUUUUUCUGUGAUAUUGAAGUGUAACAAUUUGCAUCUAUACUGUGUAAGGCUGUUCGAUCGUUUUAUAUAGAAGAUUGCCCAAGGAUGCUGCAUAAAUAAGUUCCAUUGGAUUUUCAACAAGUUUUGCUUUUAAAUGGCUUCAUUUGACUUGAAAAUAACCCGGGUCCAGUUCAAGUAGAAUGACCUCUUGCAAUUUAGAGUAGACCCUAAUCACAUUUACAAGUCACCAGAUGCAGGUUUUUUUUAGGGGGGGCCAAACCUGUAGCAUAUUGUUGGCAAAUGUUUUUAAGGUUUUGAUGAUUUUGGUAUAAUGUAAAGCUUGCUUUGGUUUUUUUAUGCUGUACAUAGUCUAAGUUUUA